GCUGCUUUGAAACGCAGUAACCGGAUGAACCGAAUCGAUCGACGCGCGUGAUGGUGCCGUGACCAGGAUGAGAGACGCCAGGCAGAGAUGGUGAAUGGAGGUUAGAAGCGAGGUAGCGCUUCGAGCGUCACCGUGCGCUAAAGUGGGAUGGCAUUAGGCGGCGCCAAACCAGCUUCGAUCAACGCAAACACACACACACACAUUCGUACAGCGACUGAUGGAGGAGUACAUGAUCGACCGAGAUCGAAGCGCCGACGCCGCAACGGGUGAGACCGUGGUACCGCGGAAUGUGUGCGUGAGCUCUGUGGUGUGCGAGAGAGGUGUGUGACAGGAAGUUUUCAUUUCAUGAAUUAUGAGCCCGUCGUGAGUGUGUGGUGUGCACUAACGUCCGGCGGCGCCUAGAGGAUGGUGGAUGAUGGUGUACGAGUUAUAAUUCUUGUCCAGUGUCGAGUGGGAUUACCAUUCGUGAAUUGUUACACACGAUGGAUUGCAUGAAGAUUCUUUUCGAUGACAGCUCGAGCAUUUGAUGUUGGUGUACAACUGUGAACAGGAAGAGGCUUGCGAGCUGCCAACGCCCCAGAACGAGUACUCCCACUACGUGUGCGAUGACAACGGGGACGUGAAGUGUUUGCCGGGCUGGACGGGCGAUUUGUGCGAUGUGCCGAUCUGCAAGAAGGGUUGCGAUCCGCUUCAGGGCUACUGCAAACGGCCCGGCGAGUGCCGCUGCAAGCUUGGCUUUUACGGGGAAAACUGUAACCGAUGCAUCCCGCUGCCCGGGUGCCAGCACGGCGGCUGCCAGGUGUCGUUCGAGUGCGUCUGCCACAAGGGCUGGGAUGGGAUCUUCUGCUCGGAGCCAAUUUGCCGUUCCGACUGCCAUCCGUCCCGUGGGUACUGUGAAGCGCCCGGCGAGUGCCGUUGUCGGUUGGGCUGGGCCGGACCGACCUGCCGCGACUGCCAGGUGCUGCCCGGGUGUAUGCACGGUACCUGCACCAAGCCGCUCGAAUGCAAAUGUCUUCCGGGAUGGACGGGCAUCCUGUGCCAGACGCCGAUUUGUGCCGCCAACUGUAGCCGCGAGCAUGGAUACUGCCGCCGACCGGGAGAGUGCCGCUGUAAGGUGGGCUGGAUGGGGCAGGAGUGCAACAAGUGUCACCCGUACCCGGGCUGCGUCAACGGUGACUGUCGCCGACCGUGGGAAUGUAACUGCAAACCGGGCUGGGGUGGAAUGCUCUGUGAUGAGGAGCUUAAUUAUUGUGAGCAAAAUCCCGACACCUGCCAGAACGGAGGCAAGUGUAAAUCGGUCAUCAAGGACGAUGGCCACUAUCGAUGUGAGUGUCCGUCCGGGUACAAGGGACGCAACUGCGAGAUUCUUCCACCCUCCAUGAUGACGUCAACGACGAGCAGUAGCACUACGGAGCAGCCAUCCACUACGAUGAUGGCCGACGUAUCCUCCGAGCUGUCCACGAUCGGUCUCGAGAAUCUGGAAACGUACCGCAACAGUUCGUCCACGGGGGAGGACUACCUGGCCGAUGAGUACAGCUCGGAGGAUCUGGACAACGAAGCCUAAACAGCUGUCCCAGGGCCAGGGUGUCUUGUGGUUGCAACAUUUUAAUUCAUAUUAUUUAUUUCACUUUACUUAACUUAACUUAUUGUAGUACCGCUACUCCGGAGCCCGAAAGAAAGCCCGGUUUUUAAGAACCUCUAAAA